ACAACUAAACGAAAAAAUAAAAAUGUUAGCUUAGAAAAAGAAAAGCGGAUGGAGAGUAAGACACGUCUGAAUUCACAUGUUCAGACACGCUCUCACUAUCUCUCCAAUGAGACCAAAAAACCAACCACUCACCAAUUCGAAGCGCACAGUAAAAUACAAAGAGCGCCACGCCACAGUUCAAUUGCUUCCAAAUUAUAGCGUCGCGUUGGCUUGAGUGACUUUCAACUUGAUUGGUUCAUUCCUGUUCUUCAUCUAAUCCAAACUGUAAUCUAGGGUUCCAUUAAGUUGUUGCAUGUUCUGAGUUGCCUCCAAAAUUCUAAAUCCAACAACACACAACAACGUAGAUAACAUAGAUGUACUCGAGCAAUUUGACUGGGUUCCUCUUAGCUGUAGUAUCAAGCGCUUUCAUCGGCUCAAGCUUUAUCAUCAAGAAAAAGGGUCUUCAACGUGCUAGCGUCAACGGAACUCCAGCUAGUGGUGGCGGCUAUGGCUAUCUGCUACAACCUCUUUGGUGGCUCGGAAUGGUUACCAUGAUUGUUGGAGAAAUAGCGAAUUUUGUGGCUUACGUCUAUGCUCCCGCGGUGCUUGUCACACCGCUUGGUGCUUUGAGUAUUAUUGUUAGUGCCGUCUUGGCGCAUUUCAUGUUGAAUGAGAAGCUGCAGAAAAUGGGCGUGCUCGGGUGUCUUUUGUGCAUUGUGGGAUCAACUGUGAUUGUGCUCCAUGCACCUCAAGAAAAGUCUAUUGGUUCUGUUCAAGAAAUAUGGCAAUUGGCUAUUCAGCCAGCAUUCCUGUUGUACACUGCCUCGGUGAUGGCUGUAGCAAUCUUUUUGAUUUUGUAUUGUGCGCCUCGCUAUGGCCAAACUAAUAUUUUAGUUUAUAUUGGAAUAUGCUCCAUAAUUGGUUCCUUGACUGUCAUGAGCGUGAAAGCUAUUGGCAUUGCUUUAAAACUUACGUUGGAGGGUGCAGAUCAGUUUGUUCAUUUUCAGACAUGGAUUUUUAUGAUGGUUGCUAUUUCCUGCAUCGUUACUCAAUUAAAUUACCUUAAUAUGGCAUUGGAUACAUUUAACACAGCAGUUGUUUCUCCAAUCUAUUAUGCCUUGUUUACAUCUUUUACAAUAUUAGCUAGCGCAAUCAUGUUUAAGGACUAUUCUGGUCAAAGUGUAACCAGCAUUGCAUCAGAGCUAUGUGGUUUCAUAACUGUUUUAUCUGGAACAACUGUAUUACACUGUACAAGAGAGCCAGAUCCUCCAGUCAGUACAGAUUUAUACAGUCCUUUAUCUCCAAAAGUAUCAUGGUAUAUUCAAGGCAAUGGCGAACCUUGGAAACAGAAGGAGGAAGAUGGAUCACCCUUCAAUUUAAUUACAGUUAUCCGGCAAGACCAUUUCAAGUGAUACAUAAAUCUUAAACCGGUAGAACAAGAAGUUAUAUCUGUCCAUUGCUAUCCUAGCAUUUAUGCAGGGACCAAAACUUUUCUCAUUGCCAAAGCUCUUCGGCUUAUUUACACUAAGAAACAGAAUUGUGGCAGGGGGUUAUUUACAUUAAAGACAGAAAUGUGGCAGUGUUAUAGGGUUUGGCUCUGACCCCAUCUAUUUCGUUUAGCAAGAUUCGGGAGACUAUUGUGCAGGCAGAGGCAAGCCAGUGCCCUUUUUCAUCGGUUUUGUUCAUUAGUAUCAUAUGAAAUGAAAGCUUGAGUGCUAUCAUCUAAAAUGGCAGGAGUGAUGUAUCUUCCAGUUUGCAUCAUCCUCAUUUAGUUUUGUAUUAUUUUUUACGCUCUUGUAUAGUUGUAUUCCUUUCCCCAAUUGUAUUUUUGGGUUCCAAGCCCGCUCCCAGCCCCGGGAUUCUGAUUGAUUUAUGUGAACAAUGAAGAAUCCUGGUUCUGGUGAUGAGAACUAAUCUAUGUAUAUUGAUCAAUGUAAUUUUGGUUAUUUAAUUAAAAGACCUCAAUGGUAGGUUAUG